AUGAUGAAUUCAUGGUUUAUGCACCCUUUAGAAGAACUUUCAAGCCUCAAGCACUCAAUUGACGAGACGUUUAGAAACUGGUCUGGCAACAUGACCUCCAACUCGAGCCAACCAAUGGACUGGGGAUGGAAGCCAAGAAUGGACGUUAGCGAAAGCCGCAACUGCUACAAGGUUGUCCUCGAGCUUCCAGGUUUCCAAAAGGAGGAUUUGGACGUUCAAGUCAACGGUCGUUUCCUCUCCAUCAAGGGUUCCAAGUACACUGAAUCCAAGGAAGGUGAUUGGAGAUUCCAUCGUCGUGAAAGAUAUUCUGGUGGUGAAUUCCAUCGUGCUGUUGCUCUUCCAGAAGGAAUUGAUGGAUCAUCCAUUCAAGCAAAAUUCCAAGGAGGUAUUUUGACAUUGACCAUUCCAAAGCAUGGUGGUAACAAUGCUCAACACGUUUCAUUGUUGGGUAGUGAGGAACAUGCCUCGAGACGUGGUGUCAUUGAAGCCGAGGAACGUGAACGUAGACGUAGAAUGGAGGAGCAAGACCCCAUGCUCUCGAGAAACCACUGGAUUGCCAGCCGCAUGGGCACCGUCAUCGACGAGGAACGUGAACGUUACAGAAGAAUGCACCAAUUCGACGAGUUCUACGAGAAGCAGUCCAACACCAACCGUCGUGUCACCAUCCAACUCGAGAACAACGAGCGUCAACGUCGUAUCCACGACCACCGUGGUGAAGCCGAGAAGAAGAAGAACGCCAUGCGUGUCAGCAAGAUGAUCAAGACUUGCGGCACAACCAACCCACGUUCACUCCUUGGCAAGACCAACAUGCGUAGCAGAUCUCAACACACUCACAAGCACUCUCACUCUGGUAGAAAGCAACAACAACAAAACCUUGGAUUCACUGGAAAGACCAACUUUGGUAACAAGAGUGCCUACAGUGAAAUGUUGCCAUCCAACUUUGGAUGUUACAACAAGCAAGCCUGGAAGCAAUGCAAUGACCUCGAAAACAAGGAACGUUCCGAGCGUAUCAGAGACAUUUCUCGUCAAAACUGUUGCAAGGCCAAUGCCAAGCGUGUCAGCAACAUGAUCAAGCAAGGCAGCACUCGUAUCCAUCUCAACCACAUUCCAUCAUCUUCAACAUCCAAGAAGGUGUCUAUCUCCUCCUCCUCCUCCAACAACAACAACAAGAGUACCAUGUACUACACCAAGCCAGCUCCAUCCUACUUUAACAACAACAAGACUGGUCAUUUCCUCAACAACCUCGAGGAAAAGGAACGUCAACGUAGACUCAACGACAAGAGAGGUCAAAUGGAAGCCAAAAAGAAUGCUGCCAAGAUUGCCAACAUGAUUGGUAAUGCCAGUUUCUAA